AUGGACAGAGACAGCUUGCUUGCAGCUGAAAGUAGCAAAAUGGAAACAGAUGUUGAUAAUGCUAGUGACACUGACGAUAAUUCAACAACCUCAGACAGUAAAAUUAAACUGGAGCGUUGUGAAGAAAGUGAGAACGACAGCUGGACCAAUGGUCAAGACUCUAGCAGUCUAGUUACAAGUUUACAGGCUAGAGAGCGGGAUACAGAACUUCGAGAACACCAAG